AUGUCUCAACUUUUCAUUAUUCAAUUUCUUCUUCUAUUUCCUAAUUGGAUUACAUCUGUGCAAGUUGGUUCAAUCAAUGCGCAUUUCGACUACAUUCCUGUAUUAACAGCAUACAACACCCUGACAGACAAUGCUGUAUGGUCAUCUACGGGUGAGACUGUGGCCGGAACUGGCUCGGACACUACUCUACCAUUGAGUGGACCGGGACCCAUUAUUUUUGAUAUCAACAAUAAUCUAUAUGUAAAUGAUUUCGGUAAUCAUCGGGUCAUUUUCUAUCCAAGUAAUGGAGCUACACCAACCGUCAUCGCUGGCAAUGGAAUAGCAGGAUCAGGAAUGAAUCAACUAAAUUCACCAAACGGUAUAGAUGUGGAUAGUAAUGGAACACUAUAUAUAGCAGACCAAUAUAAUCAUCGAAUUCAAAAAUGGCUUCCAGGAGCGUCGAGUGGAACAACAGCAGCCGGAAUAACAGGCAGCAGUGGUUCAAGUUUAAAUCAAUUGAACAAACCCCAAAGCGUCGUAGUCGAUUCUAUUGGCAAUAUGUACAUUUAUGAUGGCGAUAAUCGUCGUGUUCUUCAAUGGCCCGAAGGUGCCUCUAUUGCUUAUGCAUAUGAUUCGAAAGUCGACUCGAGUGGUAAUAUCUAUGUACCAGAUUUCAAUAAUGGACGCGUCCUCAAGUGGACUCCACCAUCAUCAUCAGGUACCUUAGUCGCCGGACAAACUAGUAGUUCCGGAUCAAAUGCAAAUCAACUAAAUCAACCCUCACAUGUUAUCUUCGAUUUGGCUGGAAAUAUUUAUGUAUGCGAUUACGGCAACCAUAGAAUUCAGCGAUGGCUUAAUGGAUCAUCUAUGGGUUCUACAAUUCUCGGCACUGGAACACCUGGCCUAGGCUCCAAUCAAUUAAAUCAUCCAUAUGGUAUCGCUUUUGAUUUGUUCAACAACUUGUAUGUUGCGGAUUCCGAUAAUGGUCGGAUCCAACGUUUUAAUUUAACACAUGCUUGA